UGCCUGGAGCAGUGCUUCCUCGCUGAGGGGAAUGGGCUCCCUCUGGAUAUAUUACACUCUGAUGAGUACAAGGCUCUCAAAGCUCACCUGUCUCACAACUCUCUGAGCAGCUGGAAGCUUGUGGAGAAGUUUCUGGAAGGGAAAGUAUGGGAGCAGAAAGUGUACAACGGAGAGAAAUAUGGAGCGGUCACCCUCCUGGCGUCGUACAGGAGGUCAGACCAGAGACUCAGGAUCGAGGUGUUGAACGCCAUGAACCUCCUACCAAUGGACUCUAAUGGUAAGACAAACACAUUAUAG